CGAAGGGAAACCAAGUUAUAUGUAAAGGAAGAAGAAGAAGAGAAGAAGAAGAAGAAGAAGAGGAAGAAAUCGAGAGGAAGGGAGGCGAUGAACAGACCGAACGUCCCCUCGAUGAGUCAUCCAUGUCCGCCGCCUUAUUCCGCUCCGACACGGCGGCUACGUCCCUCAUAUCUCUCUCCGCGGCGGUUCAAUGGCGAUGAAACCCCUUCCUUUGUCAGGUUCCCACGCCCUCUCAAAUGCUCUUCCUCUCCAGCUCCUCCUUCUACUGCGUUGAAUGUAGAUUAUCGAUCGUUGUCGUAUUCUUCUCCGUCGUCAUCAUCAUCAUCAUCAUCUUCUUCUUCUUCUUCUUCUACCGUCGGCGUCGCGGCUGAUUAUCGAUCGUCAUCGUCGUCGUCUUCUUCUGAAUCCCGGUCGAAAUACGAUGUGUUCAUCAGUUUCCGAGGAGAGGACACGCGCAAAGGUUUUACGAGCCACCUCUAUCACGCUCUGCGUAAGAAAGGAAUUGAAGCUUUCAUGGAUAGCGAAAAGCUCAGGGCAGGCGAGGAGAAUCCUCGGGCGCUGAAGGAUGCGAUCGAGCAAUCGAGGAUCUCACUGACGGUUUUUUCUAAGAAUUACGCGUCUUCCUCGUGGUGUUUGGACGAGCUGUCAACGAUAAUGGAGUGCAGGAGAACCAAAAGCCAAACCGUGUUGCCAGUCUUCCUUGGGGUUGAGCCCACGGAGGUUCGGAGGCAGACCGGUAGCUACGGCGUGGCAUUUGCUAGGCAUGAGAAGGCUCCUGAGGGGUCAGAAAGGGCUGAGAAAGUGAAGGGGUGGAAAAAAUCCUUGACGGAAGCAUCCAAUCUCUCCGGAUUUGUUUCCUCUGCUGUGGAGUCUGAAACAAAGCUGAUUGAUCAAAUUGUUACCUGCAUCUUGGAGAAGCUAGAAAGCAUGAGCUUGCAUGAAGAGGAGGGGUUGGUUGGAGCAUAUUCUCAAGUGAAAACAGUAGAAGAACUGCUGGAAAAUCGGCCUGAUCAUGUUCAUAGCGUAGGGAUAUGGGGAAUUGGUGGUAUUGGGAAGACUGCUAUUGCAGAAGCUAUCUUCAAUCGUCUAUACCGUCAAUUUGAUAGCUAUUGCUUCCUUGCCAAUGUCAGAGAAGAAUCUGGAAGACAUGGACUUACUAGUUUAAGGAAUGCACUUCUUCGUCAAAUCCUUUUUCAGACAGAUAUUAACAUAGCUACUCCUGAAAUCAGGUCCAGUAUUUUAAUAGAUCGUCUACGUCGCAGAAGGGUUCUUAUAGUUCUUGAUGACGUGAGCAGUAUUAGUCAACUGGAAUUUUUAAUCAAAGAACCAGCUUACUUUGGUCCUGGAAGCAGAAUCAUUGUUACUACACGAGACAGAAAUGUAAUCAAGAACCUUGAUGAAAUAUAUUCUGUAAAGGGGCUAACUGAAGUUGAUGCUCUUGAACUAUUUUCUCAUUGUGCAUUCAAACAGAACAUCCCUCCUGAAGAUUAUUUGCAGUUGUCAAGGAAGUUACUGGAUUACGCAAAAGGGAUCCCUUUGGCUAUUAAAGUUAUGGGAUCUUUUCUCUGUAAGAGAACUGUAAUAGAGUGGGAAAGCGCACUGAAGAGAUUUCAAAAGUCCCUUGAUGAGGGAGUCUAUGAUAUACUCCGUGUAAGUUAUGAUAGACUUAAUGAUGAAGAUAAGCAGAUAUUUCUUGAUGUGGCUUGUUUUUUCAAAGGGGAAGAUCGGAGUUCUGUAACAAAUCUUCUUAAUGGUUGUGGCUUCUCUGGCGAAAUUGGAAUACAGUCACUUGUUGAGAAGUCUCUGAUCACCUGUUCUGGAGAUAAGCUGCAAAUUCAUGAGUUGUUACAGAACAUGGCAAGACAAAUUGUUUUACAAGAAUCAACUCGGGAUCCCAGCAGGCGCAGCAGGCUGUGGUCUAAUGAUGAAGUCCAGGAAGUCUUAACAGAAAAUACGGGAACUGAAUACAUUGAAGGUAUAUCCCUUGACCUGUCAGAAGAGGAAUCUGUUCAGCUAAGUCCUCAAGUUUUCAUGGGGAUGCGGAACCUGAGAUAUCUGAGAAUCAAGAACAGUUGGUCUAAUGAAAAAAACGGCAAAGUCCACCUUCCGGAAGGCCUUCAGUUUCUUCCUAGGAAGCUGAGGCUCCUUCACUGGGACACCUAUCCUUUGAGAACUUUGCCAGAAGAAUUUCGGCCAGACAACCUUGUCGAAAUUUGUAUGCGUUAUACCUGCCUCGAACAAUUGUGGGAAGGAAACAGGCCUCUUGGUAACUUAAAACGGCUUGAUCUCAGCUAUUCCACAUCUCUGAGGGUACUUCCAGACAUGUCAAAUGCUCAUAGACUCGAGUGUGUUAUUGCCAGAGAUUGUACAGAUCUAAUAAGCGUCCCGUCUGUUGAAAAAAAAUUGGAAUCACUUGAGCUGGUCGAUCUCUCUGGAUGCUCAAAGUUAAAGGAAUUCCCAGAGAUCUCAUGGAAUGUAAAAGUUUUGCGUUUGGCUGAUAGUGGAAUAGAGGAAAUCCCACCGUCAAUUGAGAAUUUCCAUCGGCUUGCUGUCCUUGAUAUGAAGAACUGUAAAAUGCUUAAGUGUGUUCCUAACGCGAUUCAGAAGGUGGAAAAGUUGGAAUUUCUUGAUCUAUCUGGUUGCUCUAAUGUGACAAGUUUUCCCCUAAUCUCUUCAGAGUUAGAAGUUUUACUUCUCAAUGAGACUUCUGUAGAAGAGAUCACCUCAUCCAUCAAGUGCAUGGAAAAACUAGAGUUACUGGAACUAAAGAACUGCCCUAAUCUGAAGAGUCUUCCAAGUAGUAUUUGUAAGUUAAAAUCUCUGGUGGAGCUUAAUCUUUCUGGAUCUUCAAACUUCAGCUGCUUUCCAGAAAUCCUCGAGACCAUGGGCAUGCUAAAUUAUCUUUCUUUAGAUGGAACGGGCAUAAUUGAGCUACCUUCUUUGAUUGAGAACCUGACUGGCCUUUAUUCUCUUGAUCUCGAAAACUGCGAGAGUCUUGUCAGUCUUCCACAUGGUUUAUGUGGGUUAAAGUUCCUCGAAGAUCUUAAUCUCUCUGGCUGCUCAAACCUUGAGAGUUUGCCACUGAGCCUCGGGAAUCUUGAAUAUUUGCGGAGGGUCAGAGCAUGUGGUUGUAAAAGUCAAGUUGUUGAUUUUCUAGUGGGUAACUUGCGCUCAGUAGAAAUUCUACACUUGAGUAAAUGUGGAAUCAUGGAGUUUCCUGAUGCUUUAACGCACUUACCUUCACUGACAGAGCUAGAUUUGAGCCAUAAUUUUAUUAGGAGAAUUCCCUCAAGCAUUAAGCGGCUUCAUGCACUCCAAAGUCUCGAUUUAAGCCAUUCCCAGGAACUGCAGUGUUUAUCGGGGCUUCCAGCUGGCCUAACAAGGCUAAUUGUACUCAACUGCAGAUCUUUGGAGAUGGUUGCCUUCAGUGAAUCUUCUGAACUUCGACUUUAUCCAUUGGAAAACGUCGAAACCUAUGUGUUUGCAAAUUGUCCAAACCUAAGCCAACAUGCACUAGACAACAUCAAGGCAUUUGCAAAACGAAGAGUCCAUGUCCUGGCAUCUCAUCUGGCUGUUGUCUUAAAUUUUAGAGAUUGCCUCUCUCGUAGUGGAUGGAUCACACCACAACAAGUGGGGUACUUGCUCUCUAGCAUGUAUGGCUAUGGGAAUUUCUACGAAGCAUUGAGAGGAUUACACAAAGCAUUUUUCAGCGAUGAGCUCAUUACUGAGGUACCUCAAUAUAGCCUACUUGGUCGCAUACUCCACGACUUCCAGGACCGGUUUAUGCUAGAUAUUCAAGGUUUACUAGGCUUUUUCUCCUUGGUUGCACAUCUUUACUUGUACUACCAAGGAAAGCCUUCCACCAAUUUCUGCUUACCUGCGACCGAGAUUCCUGAAUGGUUUUGCUAUCAAAAUGAUGGAUCAUAUAUCGCCACAUUGGUUCAACCCCCUGAGCAAACAAAUGACUGUUCUACUUUGGCAGGUUUUGCUAUGUCUGUUCUUGUUGCCUUCGAUGACUACAGUGAUGAUAAGGGUAUCAGUAUUAAAUGUGAAUAUUAUUUCUAUUCCAACCAUCUUGGCGCACGUGAUGGAGCUACAUAUUUGAGGGGCUGGGAUAGACAAAAGGAUAAAUCCUUGUUAGUUGAAGGGGACCAUUUAUUCUUGGGCUAUGACUCCUCUCUUUUGUUUAAUGCUGCCAAAGGAAUCAAAGAGUUUGUUGGUUAUUCUCAAGAUCUUGUUGAAGUCGCCUUUAAUUUUCAUGUGGUGGAUGAGGAUGGUAAUCCCAUUGACUCUUGCACGGUGAAGAAGUGUGCGAUCCAACCACUCUACAUCAAUGACACGGCCAAGUCCAGUGAGGAACUCUUGUGCAGACAGGGCAUAACCAAAAGAUUGAACAAAACUUUUUCAGGAUAUCUCGGAGAGGUGUUUAGCAACUUGGACUUAUUCUGUGCAAUCUCAUUAGGCAUCUUGAACGUUCUUGGUGAUUUAUCAGUGGAUGUUGUCCAUCAGGGAGGGUAUGUCUGUAUCGUCAUAAAAUGCGAAAAUGCAGGUCUGCCUGUUGGACUUCAAAUAUUCAACAUGCAUCUCGGGACAGUACCACUCUCAGUCAAGCUGAUUGAACAGCCUCAGCAUUCUCAAGAUCAGAGGGCAGUCUCAUUUGAGUACUCGCAUGUGGAUGGCGAAGGUAGCUGUCACAGAUACAAAGUCAAGAAAUGCAAUAUCCGUCCGUUGGAAAACCAUGUCAUGUUGAUCGACAGGUGUGGCGUCACGUGAAGUGGCCAAGAUGAAUAUGAGUUUCGAUCCUUAUGUUCCCCAUCACUAUCACUAAUUGCCAUGGAGACAGAUCGAUUUUGCCAUGAGCGACAUUCUACAAACUCCUUUUUUUGGGUCAGUGAAAUCUCUGGUAAAUCCCGACAUAUUUCACAUGUGCAGACGACACACGUGCACAUAGGAAAUGGUGACUAGUUAACAACUUAAAUCUCUGGAGCGAAAAAAGCAUGUGAAGCUCAGCAGUUAUGGAAUUUAAGUAGCUGUCAUGUCAUUUACUUGUUAUAUAAUUACGUAUUUCUUCAUGAUUGAAGCGGAAUUCAAGAAACUAUACAGAAAAUUCUCCAUCUGAUCUUGUUCUGUUUCCCUGCUAGUUUGAGUUAAAACCUGUACGUGGAUACGCAUUCUACAGAAAUUAUAUCAUAUGUACUUCUU